AUGGACUACCACGCUGAGUGCUGCUUCUGUGAUCCUGAGGAGGGGCACGGCGGCCCAGAUGAGCCGCCGCUCCACAGCAUCCACGCUCCCAACCGGAUCCGCCCGUCCUCGUACCGAGCCCUGAGGAGCGCCGUGUCCAGCCUGGCCCGCAUCGACGACUUCUUCUGUGAGAAGAUUGGCUCGGGCUUCUUCUCCGAGGUCUUUAAGGUGCAGCAUCGCAUCACAGGUCAGGUGAUGGCACUGAAAAUGAACACGCUGGCCAGCAACAAAGCUAACAUGCUACGAGAAGUGCAGCUCAUGAACAGACUUUGCCACCCCAACAUUCUCAGGUUUCUUGGAGUUUGUGUGCACGAGGGUCAACUCCACGCUCUGACUGAGUACAUAAAUGGAGGCAACUUGGAGCAGCUUCUGGACAGUGAUCUAUACCUGUCGUGGGGGGUCAGGAUUGGUCUGUCUCUGGAUAUCGCCCGGGGGCUUCAGUACCUGCACAGCAAAGGCAUAUUCCACAGAGACCUCACCUCCAAGAACUGUCUGGUUCGCUGUGACAACGGUGCGUUCACUGCUGUGGUGGGAGACUUCGGCCUGGCAGAGAAGAUCCCAGAUUACAGUGAUGGUGCAGAGAAGCAGCCUCUGGCCAUCGUGGGCUCUCCCUAUUGGAUGGCUCCUGAAGUUCUGAGAGGAGAGCUGUACGAUGAGAAGGUGGAUGUAUUUGCAUACGGCAUCAUCCUGUGUGAGAUCAUUGCCCGGAUUGAAGCUGAUCCUGAUUUCUUACCCAGGACAGAGGACUUUGGUCUGGAUGUGGAGACAUUUGAGAACAUGGUUGGUGAUUGUCCACCAGCGUUCUUAAGCCUCGCCGUCACCUGCUGUAAUAUGAGUGCAGAGAGGCGCCCCUCCUUCUCUGACAUUGUCUUCACACUGGAGAGCAUGGAGAGAGGAGAAGAGGAAGAGAAGUCCAUUGCACUUGAGCCUGUGGUGGUGGACGUCAGCCCGUACCGGCGCCGCAGCUCUCCCUGUCACCAUGGCGACCGCAGUCAGCUGCGUCAGGGUUUGGCGAGGAGCCAGUCCGACAUGUUGCCCCCGGCGACUCUGACCCCUCCUCUGCUUGGGACCCCUGCGCGGGUCAACCCCUUCUCACUUAGACAGGACCUGAAUGGAGGGCGGUGUAAACUCUUAGACACGCCCAGCAAGUCUGUCAUCUCCCUGACCUUCACCCUCCCAGCUCUUCGUGAUCCUUGUGCCUCCCCCCACCUUCUCAGAGGGACGCCGGGUAUGCGGGCGCCACCGAGGAGAUGCCAGUCGCUCCCUUGCACCCCAGAGCUCAGCCGGACUGUAGCCUUGCCAAGAGACACAGGUGGGACAGAGGAAGAGAGGGAUGAGGACGACAGAGUGGCGGCUGUUGAUGGAGGGAUGGAGAAGGAUAUAACUGAGAAGAGAGAGGUGUUAAAGCAGGAGGAGGGGUUGGGAGAUGAUUCAGGUCAUCCAGUUGAGCUGGACAUGGUGUCUCUGGAGCGGUUGGAGGAGGAGGAGGAAGAGGAGACUGUAUGUCUAACAGAACCCAUGGACUGUACCAAGUCUCCAGAGCCAGUAGAAGGAGUCCUGGACUCCAAACCUGGAAGAACCCUGCCCACCUCCACCUCCUCCUCCUCUUUACGGACCAAUGGCUGGCGACUUCCCAUCUCCAACGGACCGCCCUCUCUACCUCCUCUGCCACGACUGGACAAUAACAACAGCUCAGCUCUUGUGAUUGGCCAGCCGGUGCAGUGGGGUGGAGGGGCUCAAACUAACGGUUACAGCGGUGCCCAGGUCAUCUCCUCUGACCCCACCGGCCCCUCUGAGCAGGAUGAGGUCAUUUCAUGUCCUGGAUGCUGUCUGGUGGGUCUGAGUUUCCCCUCAGUGUGCCUCCGCGGUUCCACGGCCAUACCCGCCCCGCGCCGAAGGGCUUCGUUACCACGGCAGCGGCCCUACCGGAACCUCAACGGCACCAUAACCGGCGGCAGCUCGUCUUCGUCAGCGACCGCCACCACAGCAACUAAAGCUCUACUGUGUCGCAACACCAACAGACUCGUAGUGGCUGGACCAUCUCUGCCAUGUGAACCAGGACGGUCCCUGCCAGAGGCCCAGACAUAGACCCUCACUCUAUGGGGGCUUUUGCUUUGAACUUGUGACACGCACCAGCACUAAAUGUUAGCGGACAAAUAGAACAUUACUAUAUGUUGCUAUGAGAUGUGUUGUUAAUUCUGUAGUAGUGAGAGGGAGCUAAGCUAAGCAGAAUACAGCUGAAUCAGACCAGACCCAGUGAGCUACAGUCAGGAUCAACAACACAUCACUGCCAUGGCAACGGUGCUGAUCCAAUCAGAGC